AUUUUUUUUUUUUUCUUGCUUUCCCUUUUUCCUCCCCGCGUUAUAUAUAUAUAUAAAAAAAAAAAAAAAAAAUUAUGACCAGUGCAGCCGUCAAACGAAGAUUGUCAGACACAACCAAUGUGCAACCCAAUAAGACAAUAAAGACAGAAGAUAAAGAACAUCGCUUAGAACAUGUGUUUGAGAAUAUGAGAUUAAGAAGAAUUGUCAAGGAAAACCAUGGUGGAGAUAUCAACCAACUUGCCUUCUUUUUCAACAACAAAAACUUUAAUGCCCCUUUUGGUCUUGAUCAGGUCAAGACAUUUGAUAAGCGUGGUGCUGUUCAACGUGAAAGUACAGAUACCAGUAAUAUAUUGGCCACCGUGGGUGGUUGUGAGCUUAGUAUCUACGAUAAUGAACAUUGUGGUGACCAUUUGGAUAUCAUGUCCAACUUUGACUUGACACCACCGUCAGCAAUGAACGAUGAAGAGGAAACGAGUAACAAGACAACGCUGGAAACAUUUUGUUGGUUGUAUAGGGAAAGAGACGGUUUAUUAGCUGUGGGAGGAACCGAUGGCCUUGUUCGUAUUAUUAGUGUUGCUAAUUCGGAAGAGAUCAGUAUAUUGAAAGGACAUACCAAACUUAUUUACGAUGUACAAUCACACCCCCAAAGCGACAACAUCAUUUUAUCAACAUCAAAGGAUGGAACGGUCAGAUUAUGGGAUGUGGAUCAAAGUAAAUGUAUAGCGAUUUUUGAGGCUGAUGCCACUGUCACUUGUUUUAACCCUUCAGGCGAAUCAUUUGUAUCUGGUAAUGCAAGAGGUGAGAUUCGUGUGUGGAAUGUUCCUUCAACAACAGAGACGAUGGAUGAUGAGCCAAUUACUGUUCAAAAGAAGGAUUCACAUCUUGUGAGAAAGAUGCAUGGUGAUAGUUAUAUUGAUUGCAUUCGCAUGGCCAACGGUAACGUGAUGACAAAAUCCAUUAAUGGCAAAAUUGAAUGUUGGAACUUGGAAACCGAAAAAGUAAGACAACCUUACAUAGAUACUGCAGAAAAAAAAAAAUGAAUUAAAUAAGCCCUGAUAUUUUUUGUAUGAAAUUAGACGGUCCGAUCAUAUAAAAUUAGAACGGGUGAAAACUAUUGUCGAUUCGAUGUCAGUUUGGAUGAACUUUUCUUUUGUGUUGGAUCGAGCCAGGGUAUGGUUUAUGUGUAUAAUAUCAAGACAGGCAAAAUCGUGACAGAACUGGGUCAUCGACGAGCUACCAAGGCUGUGAAAUGUUGCGUCUUCUCUCGUGAUUCUCGUCAAAUUAUUACUGGUAGUGAGGAUGGUUUUAUUAUGAGAUAUGAUUACAUUGAUAGUGAUACACUUGCAGAGUGGAAAAACUGGACGAGGGACGAUUAAAUUCCUUGUGCCUUGUUUUUUUAAAAAAAAAAUAAUUACUCAAUAAAACCAAAUUGUAAAUACUUUUUUUUUUUUUUGU